AUGGCGGUUCGGCAGGCUACCUUCAGGGCCUCAGUUAUUUCCUACAGUGGUGAUUCAGCACCUGUUAUGAUAGUUGCGUUCUUGGCGAUCCUGGCACCCCAGUUGGCAUUCGCGCAGUCGCAGCCGCAACACAAGAAAGCGAAUUUUCGGCUUGCCGCGCCUACAACACCAGACCGAGCAGUCGCCGGCAUGGUGAUACCACAAGAUGAACCAGUGGCUCUCUCAAACACCCGGAGAAGACACGCAGAGGAUGAAGGAAGCUGCUCACCCUCAAAAAACGCGCAGGGCAGUUGUUACGUGGAAAAGGCUGCAGUUCGUGCUCAGGACGCCAAUCUCCCCACCACCAUUCGGCCGCGGCCACUGAUCGCUGCCGGCGCAUCUACAACCGGGACGCUGAACGUGGUCCACUCGGGAGAGCUGCAGAGCCACUUCCUAGAAGUGGAUAAGGACGGCAAAGAUUGCACGAGUUCCAAAAAGACACUGGGAGACUGCUUCGGAGGGGCCGCCCGAAUCAGUUACCAGAUCCUAGUCAACAAGCCAGGGCUAUCGCUUUUCACCGGAAACAUUUACGGCGGCCACGUCUGGUUCCGAAUAGCGGGGGAAGAGAUGGUUAUCGACAUGCUCAACGCGAUGGCCUUCGACGUAAUACAACCAUCAUUGUCAGCGAUGCAGCGGAUAGCCUCCGGAACGAGUCCAAGAAGCUACGAGAGGAGGGCUGCCACAUCGUUCUCGCGAUCGGUGGUGGUGACACCACCGAAGACCGCAAUUUGGCUGACAUCCUGCCCGACAUCACGGCGUUCGUGGUGAAAUACCAUGGCCGCUUCGCAUAUCCUUCUUCGGGGGCAAACAAACACGCGCUGGACUUCGACCAGGACCUGGAGUACCCGAUAAACUUCACGCGGUCGGUGGACGGCAAACCGGCGUACAUAUUCGCCUCUACAAAUCACUACCAGCUGCUCAGCAAGUUCCAGAUCACUGUGAAGACCGACCACUUGCGCGUGGUCAGUGCCAAGGGCGAUCCCGUGAUUCUCGA